CGGCGUUCCGGAGGCGCAACGUCGGAGGUCACUGAGUAUCUAGCCCGGAGCAGUGACGGCCGGCCGGAGCGUGCUCUUUCCCGCGGCUCGUGCUCUCCGGGAGUCCGGAGCAUGGUCCUGGGUCAGCGUUGGUGGAGCGCGUUGGUCGAACGUGGACGCCCAGAGGGAGGAUGGUAGGCUCGGGGGUGGCCGUUCUAUGUUUGUGGGUUUCCUGCGGCGCUGCCGCCGGACAGCUCGAGUACUCAGUGCCGGAGGAGACGGAGCGGGGCGUAGCCGUAGGCAAUGUCGCCGCGGACUUGAGGCUGCCCGUGGCCACUCUGUCCUCGCGGAACUUUCGCUUCCUUUCCAGCCACCGCGAGCUCUACUUCGGGGUGGACCUGGCAAGCGGCAGCUUGGUGGUCAGGGAGCCGGCGGACCGCGAGCGGCUGUGCGGGGCCAAAGCUCCCUGUGUCUUGACCUACGACCUGGUGCUCGAGGACCCGCUGGAACUGCACAAGAUUCGCAUUCACGUCCUGGACACUAAUGACAACUCACCUCUCUUUCCUGCCGGCGACUUGCAGCUGCACAUCCCGGAGUUCCUGAUGCCCGGAGCCCGAUUUACUCUCCCGAAUGCUCAAGAUGACGACGAAGGAAGCAAUGGGAUGCUAAGCUACAGCCUAAGCCCCAGCCAGCACUUUCGCCUGGACAUGGGAUCGCGGGUUGACGGAAGCGAAUACCCGGAGUUGGUGUUGGAGAAAGCACUGGAUCGCGAACAGCGCGCCAGCCACCUGCUGGUGCUUACAGCUCGGGACGGCGGGCUACCUGCCCGCUCAGGAGACGCACAAGUCACUAUCAUUGUGGUGGACACAAAUGACAACGUGCCUGUAUUUGAGCACUCCGUAUACCGCACUAAGGUUCCAGAAACUGCACCCAAUGGGACUGUGUUAUUCCGAGUUCAAGCCUUGGAUCCAGAUGAAGGGUCCAAUGGGGAAGUCCGAUACUCCCUAAGCAAUAGCACGCAAGCAGAGCUGCGACACCGCUUUCAUGUGCACCCUAAAAGUGGGGAGGUGCAAGUAGCUGCUUCACUAGGUCCGCCUGAAACGCUCUUGGAAGCAUACAUUGAGGCGAGGGACGAAGGUGCCUUUGGUCUAGCUAGCACGGUCAAAUUGUUGGUGGAGGUGACUGACGUGAACGAUCAUGCCCCUGAACUGGACUUCAUGACUCUUUGGAACCCAGUAUCCGAGGACGCUGCUCCUGGCACAGUGAUUGCUCUCUUUAGUGUAAAGGAUGAAGACCUCGGUUCCAAUGGUAGAGUCAUUUGUAGCAUGUCCAGUGGAGGCCCUUUUCAGCUGACGGCUUCCUUUGACAACUACUACAGCCUGCUGAUUGAUGGGCCCCUGGACCGGGAGCAGAUCAGUGAAUACCAAGUCCUAAUCACGGCCUCAGAUAGUGGCUCACCCCCACUUAGCACCCGAAGGAUAAUCACUGUGUCAGUUGCUGAUGUGAAUGACAAUACACCAAGCUUUCCUCAACUGCAGCAGGAACUUUUUGUUGCUGAAAACAAUGGCCCUGGGGCCUCUCUAGGCCGAGUGUUUGCCCGGGACCCCGACCUGGGGAAGAACGGCCUUGUCUCUUAUGAGCUGUUGGAUGUUAUCUCUGAGGGGCCACCAGCCUCUAGCUUGGUGGCAGUGGAAUCAUCCAGUGGGGCCAUCACUGCCAAAAAUUCCUUUGACUUUGAGCAGCUCAGGGGGUUUCACUUUCAGGUAGAAGGCCGGGAUGGUGGCAUUCCUCCCAGAAGUGCGACAGUGACUAUAAACUUGUUUGUGGUAGAUAGGAAUGACAAUUCUCCAGUUAUCUUGUUUCCCUUGCCCAGAAAUGGUUCUGUUCCAGUGGAAAUUGUGCCCCGCUCUGCCAGGACUGGACACUUGGUCACAAAAGUGGUAGCAGAGGAUGCAGACAGUGGUUCCAAUGCCUGGCUUUCCUACCACAUCUCCCGGGCGUCUGACUCUAGUCUCUUUAGAAUUUCAGCCAAUAUAGGUGAGCUCCGUACUGCUCGCUUAGUUCUUCCCACUGAUGCAGUCAAGCAGAGGGUGGUGGUAGUGGUUCAGGAUCGUGGAGACCCACCACUUUCCUCCUCUGUCACUCUGGGUGUGCUGUUGAGCAACUCUGUCCCUCAGUUACUUCCAGACUUUGAAGAUGUUUGGGAACCAGGAGGGCAGCUUUCUGCCCAGAACUUGUAUUUAGUAAUUGCCUUGGCCUGUAUUUCCUUUUUAUUUCUGGGGUGCUUACUUUUCGUCAUGUGUGCCAAGUUGUGUCAGAACCCAGGCUGUUGCCCUCAGAGCUGCUGUCGUUCUACAGAGGAUCUGAGGUAUGGAAGGAAGUUGGUUUCAAAUCCUUGCAUGACAUCAGCCACCAUAGAUGUCACUACAGUUGAGAGACUUUCUCAGACUUAUCUCUAUCGGGCCUCCCUAGGACUUGGUUCUGAUAAUAACAGUUUGCUGUUGCGUGGGGAGUACAACGCUGCUGACCUGCAAAAUCUUGCCACUGGGGUAGGACUGAAUUUGCCAAUAUCCUGUAUUCAGGUUUGGAAUAGGAAAGGGGAUCACGCUAAUGUCAAUGCCAUGGUAAGCAAAUUUUAUGGAAUUUAA